GUUUAUCUUUGAGUACAAAGAUCAGUAAUCAACAUAUUCAAAACUAAGUUGUAAAUGUAAACUGAUAAAUUUUUAUAUACAUAAAGACAUACAUGUGUGGUUGCAAUAAUGCGCAGUUUAUUUGCCUUGCAACGUGGUUAUGCAACCAAUAACCUUCGAUUUUACAGCAAUGUGAAGGUGAAGGUGCAUGUGAGACAAGGCAUUGUUGUUGGCACACAUGCAAAGCUGCCCAAUGGCGUAGAAUACGAAAGUUUUUUGGGCGUGCCCUAUGCAGAGCCACCCGUGGGAGAGCUUCGUUUUCGGAGCCCUGUGCUGCUGGAACGAUUUAAAGAGCACGAGCUAGACUGCAGUAAGGAAGGUGAUGUCUCGCAUCAGCGGGAUCCACUUAAGCAGCAAGUGAUUGGUUCCGAAAACUGUCUGUUUCUCAAUAUUUAUGCACCCAAGAGCAACUCACAGAAGCCGCUGCCCGUCAUGGUCUGGAUUCAUGGUGGUGGCUUCUGGUUUGGUAGUGGCAAUAGGGAUUAUCACUUUCCUGCACAGCUCAUGCAAGAGGAGGUCAUUGUGGUUACGUUGAACUAUCGUCUUGGAGCCUUGGGAUUUCUCAGCUUACCCGAGGCGGGUAUUUAUGGCAAUGCGGGUCUGAAGGAUCAGCGCUUAGCUCUGCAAUGGGUGCAAGAUAACAUUGCCAACUUCAAUGGUGAUCCACAGAAUGUUACACUUUUCGGAGAGAGCGCAGGCGCUUCUUCCGUUCAUAUGCACAUGUACGGGCCGCAUGCCAACAAGCUGUUCCAUAAGGCCAUCAUGCAGAGCGGCACAGGAAAUUCAGAGUGGGUACUCCAAGAAAAUGGCCCCUUUAAGGCACGACGUCUAGGUGAACUGCUGCAGGGCAAGAAUAUAGAGACGGAUUAUAAAUUGUUGGAAUUUUUGCAAUCGGAGGAGGCGACACCAUUGGCGAUGUUAGCGAAAACUUUGGACGUACUGACUGAUGAUGAGCGACGGCGCCAUCUGCCGUUUUCCUUCAAGCCCGUGGUGGAGGAUCCAAGGAGUCCAGAUAGUAUUCUAAACAAGCCAUUCCUUGAUCUCUUGCAUGACAAGGAGAGAUUGCCUGAAAUCCCCGUCCUACUGGGUUACAAUUCGGCAGAGGGAACAGUUCUGAUAACGAAUCCGAAGCAAAAGGUUGAGCUCUUUGAUAAAGAUAUGGUACGCUUAGUGCCACGCAACCUGGUUGAGGAUCCAGAGGCGCCUGAGGCGUUGGAAGCAGCAGAAGACAUACGUCAAUUUUAUUUUAAUGGAAAGUCGCCGACGAUCGAAUGCUUUGACAAUUUGGUGGAUUUGCUGGGCGAUGUGCACUUUAAUCUUGAUCUACAGCACACAGCAGAGGUGCACGCAAGUUUCCAGAAGGUGCCAUUCUACUUCUAUCGCUUCGACUAUGUAGGCGGUCGGAACAUGUACAAAAAAGCCUUUCUGGCAGAUAAACUCCGUGGAGCUUCGCACGCCGAUGAACUUUCCUACCUAUUCCAAUGGUUUAAUGAUAAUUCACUUUUAACUGCCGAUGAUGCUCAAAUUUCGAAGCGUAUGGGCCAUAUGUGGGCUAACUUCGCGAAAUAUGGUAAGCCAGCGGAUAGCUGGACACCAGUUCAGAAGCAAAAGAGAGAUGCUAAUGGAACACUCGAGCCUUAUCAAUUAGAUUAUAUGCAACUAGAUCGAGAGUGUAAAAUGCAGCGGAAUCCGGAUGGAGAGCGUAUGGAUUUCUGGCGUUACAUGUACAAAAAAUAUAAGCCUCAAUGUUAUGAAGCGUUGAUGGCCAAAAUGUGA